CGGAACACAAUCUCUCCCCGUUCUCGUGACAGCUAGGCUGCCGCGGAAGCGAGAGUCACAGUUCUUUGCAAAGUUAAUUCAUGUGAAAAAUAAACUAAUGCACAUUUUGCCUUUGGGAAAAACACACUAAAGUUAAACAGGUUGAUAAAAAAGAAAGAAAAGCCAUGAGAGGAUAUCUGAAGACGUUAGGAUGGCUAUUUAAACUCCAGAGCAAAACUACAACAGUAGGGAAGCACAAGGACUCUGAUCUCUGUCUUCAGAAUGGAGGCGUUGAGGACCAGCAUGCCGUGAUCGAGCUCAACGAGCCAGAGCGCUGCUUCGUGCUGCGGGACCUGAAUUCAGCGCACGGAACCUACGUCAACAACUGUCAUAUCCACAACGCGGCCGUACGCCUGUCCCCGGGAGACGAGCUGCACUUCGGCUAUGGGGGGCCCGCUUUCCAGCUGUGUGUGGACUCUACCCUUCAGUCUUGUCCCCCAGUGCAGAAGCGCAUUGCCUGGCACGCACCCAUGCAGGUGCCCCCGUCAGUGGGCACCCCCUCCCAAUUUCCACUACUGCAGAGACAAGCCCGGGCCAGCAAAACACAAGGGGGGGCUACCACAGCCCCUCGCCCCCCUAGCAGGGUACGGCCGGCCAGUGCUGGUGUUAGGAGGGUGGGGCUCUGCCAGUCCAUGGACCACAGGGCCUCCUCUCUCAGGCCAGGAAGCCAUCCCUCAGUCUCAGAUAGCGGGGAUCUUGCGGGGAACACAGAGACUCUGCCGAACACGCAGGUGCUACAGAAUAUUCUGCAGGAGAAGCAGGAGGAGAGGCUGCUGCGGCUGGGGGACGAGGUGGACCGCCUGGCGGCGUUCGAGGCCGAGUCACAGCGGAAGGACACCGUAAUCGCCGGCCUGAGGGACGAGGUGUUUGCACUCCAGCGCCAGCUGUUGUGGGCGGACCCUGAGAUAAACACCAGGCUGAAGGGCCUGGAGAAGGACAUCAGUGACAAGAAGGUCCAGAUAGAGCAGCUGAAGGGACAGAUGGAGGAGCUGCAGAAAGGCUCCAGUGACGUGUUCAAGCAGUCACUGGCUGAGCGGGACAUGAAGAUCAGCAGCCAGAGAGGGCAGCUGGAGAAACUGAAGAGAGACAGCAACAUGUCUUCAGGGCUGGUGACCAGGCUGCAGAAGGAUCUGUCAGCAAGGGAGAAAGAGGGACUUUCGCUGGCCUCUGAGGUGGACAGACUGCAACAAGCAAUCCGGCAGAAGGACGGACAGCUGGGGUCUGUGUCCAGCAAGAACAUGAAGCAACAGGGUGAGUUGCUCGCACGGGAAAAGGAGGUGGCUCUUUUGCACAAGAGAGUUGAAGAUCUGGAGCAUAAGCGGGCAGAGCUGCAAAUCGCGCUAGUGCAGAAGGACAUGGAGUGGGACUCCUUGAAGGGAGUCCUGGACAAGGAGCGGCAGGAGCAGGCCUCCCUGCAAGCAGAGCUUGAGGAGAGCCGGAGGCAGGAGCAAAGGGCCCUCAUGGAGCUCCAGCAGGAGCAGACUCGGCUAGAGAGGCUCCGCUGCCAAAUCAUCCAGGCUACCUGUUCCAGCCCUGGAGCAUCAUCUCCACAAGACACUGUGUCUGACCAGCAGAUAACAGAACAGAUAUCAGAACUUAUUAAGGAGGGAGAAGGUCUGAGGACCAGGGUAAGGGAGCUGGAGGAGCAGCUGAAGACAGCACAUGAAGAGCAGGACGGGCGGUCCAAGGAGGCGGAGGUGCUGAGGAGCACCGUGGAGGAGGUGCAGACACGCCUGCAGAAGGCGCCCUCAGCUCCCGCCCUGCAGGAGGCGAUAGCGGCCCUGCAGGGGCAGCACGUCCCCCCCGGCCUGGCCUGGGUGCACGACGCCACCCUCUCAAUGCUGGGCUGCCAGCUCAGGCAGAUGCAGAACACAACGCAGGCCCUGCUGCAAGCGGGGAUAGAGGUGUCGGACUACGCGGAAGGGAUCCCCGGAGGGAUUGGGGUCCUGGGCCAGCGGAUACAGGCGUGUGAAGAUGAGGUCAGAGCCCGGCAGGCAGAGCUGCAGGCAUGUCUGAAGGCCCAUGCCCAGGGCAGGGAGGAGCAAGCCAGGGAGGCGGAGGAGCGAAUGCGUGCCCUCCGGGAGGAGCUGGAGCAGCAGGGCCAGCAGCUGCUGCAGGAUGCGGUGAGGACAGAGAGAGACAGAGUGACGCAGUCGCUGUCUGCGCAGCUCGGCCACCUGCAGGAACUGCAAAGUCAGAAUGUAGAGCUCACGCAGGCAAUGGAGACCCAACAGAAGGAGGAAGCUGCACUCAGGCAUCAGCUAGAUGGACUGAGAGUUGAGCUGGAGUCACUUGGGAGAGCUGAGGCUGCUCUGAAGGAGCAGGACCGGAUCCGGGAGGCGGAGCUGGAGGCAGCAAUAGCUGAGGCAGAGCACAAAGGGGCGGAGCUGGAGAGGAGGCACUGGCAGGGCCAGGAGGAAGAAUACAGGGAACAAGUGCGACAGCAUGCACACACUAUCGUGGCCAUGGAGCAGCAGCUGGAGGAUGUGGAGAAGGAGAGGGACACCCUGAGGGGGCAGCUGAAAGCUGCAGAGGCGGAACUCGGAGACCUUAAGGCUGUGGGACAGAAGAACCCUGAGGUGCUGGCGCUGGAAGAGAACCUCGCAGUGGUCAGGGAGGCGCUGUCUGAGGCGAGGGAGGAGGUGGGGUCCCAGGGUGAUGUCAUCGCCGCUCUCAGCCGUGAGCUGGCCAUCGCCAGUGCAAGGAUGUCUGACAUGACGGGUGCGGAGAGCUGCAGUCAGAAUUGCACACUGCAUUCUUGCCACAGUAGGCCCUGUUUUCACUUGUUGCCAUGGCUGCACUAUGGGGGUGCCUUUUUUCACGGAGAGUUGAGCGAGCAGCAAAAGGUGGAGCUGGAGCAGCACAGGACCAUGGUGGUCGACCAGAGGGUCCAACUGAGCAUGCUCACACAGAAACUGAGCCAGAUGUCACAGCUGGUGGAGCGGAAGGGGGAGGAGCUUCAGAAAGUGAGGGAGGAACUCAGACAAUGUCAGGAGGACCUGCGGGUGCAUGUCAGCACUGAGAAGGGGCUGGACACACAACCUGAACAAGGCAACAGGCCUGCAGAGGUCAGGAUCUGGCGACAGGAGGAGGGCCCAGUGGAAUCCAGAGUGUCGCACCCAGAGCUCUGUGUCCAGCAGGUGGCGCCGAUGAGACAGGCACCGAAUGAAUGGAGAACCCAGUUGGCCAAUGAGGGGAAUGUAACUGGCACCUGUGAGGACUUCAGCCUGGUCGCCUUUGUGCAGAGCCAGGAGUGCGUGGAGCAGACAGCCAGGCUGGACUUAUGCGACACUCUGGACCUCAGCGAAAGAACAUACCUGGACCUGGUGCGGGCCUUGAGUGAAGCGCUGGAGAUGGAAGAAGCGCGGCUGUCGGGAAGCUCGUCCCUGAAGUUUCUGCCCCGAGCCGAGAGGGAGAAGCUGGGUUCCUGCAGGCAGAGGGACCUAGAUCUGCUGAGUGCGCAGGCAAGACGCAAGGAGGAGCAGAUACAGGAGUAUCAGCGGGAGCAGGAAGCCUGGAGGCAGAGCCAGGCUGCGGCUCAGCGCCUCCAGGGCCGGUUGGACAGUCUGAGGGAGGAGCUGCAGGCAGAGAGGCAAGAAAGCUCCCUGCUACGUGAGGCCCUGCGUCGCACCCAGGACCGGCUGGCGCAGGAACUGAGCCUCAACAAGGCCAUCAAAGAGCGCAAAGGCGUGGCCUCAGAGCGGCUGACACCGAGGAGCGGGUGGGUGGUCUCUCACAGUUGCAUCCAGGAUGGAUUUCGUGAUAAGGCUCCUUCUGGGAAACCCAGCCUGCAUAGGAGGCUGAAGAAGAAGGAGUAUGAGGUGGAGGUCCUGAAGGGGCAGCUGAAGAACCGAGAGAGGGAGCAGAAGCGUUGGACGGCGACGCCCACAGAGCCCAGACCUGAUGUGGAGCCUGCCUAUUCUCCUGCGGCAUCCCCUACGGCAUCCCCUGCGACACCCCCUGCGGGACCCCCUGCUCGAACCUCCAGCCCGGCGAUGAGAGCCUCCUCUCCAGUGGAGAUGGCUGAACGAGAGCCGCAACGGUGCCAGUGAAAAAGAGCUGAAGAUGAUGCUUCUUGGACCUGAGAAUGAAAAGUGGGUUUUCCGUCACAGCAGCACCUCCCGCCUCCUCUCCACCCUCCCCCCAGUCUCUCUCUCCCCACUGCAGUCGUCUGACGGCGUCGGAGGCUCUAGUUCCCCUGGAUGCAUCAUCGCAGGUCUGCUGCGGCGGAGCUGACUCAUUCGUCAGGCCCGGCUUCUGCUGCUUUUGGGUGUAGCAGCAUGUCAUGAUGACGAGCUGCACACGCAGUCACUCCCAGCAGGUGCUGCCUGCAGCGGUAGCUGAUUUUAACCAAAGCCUUCUGGCAGGUGCAGGCUAAAGCAUUAGCUUUCAUUUACCAUUAGCUGCUGAUAUCAUAUAACUAGAAUGUGGAGCUAAAAUAUAGCAUUUGUAAAAUGCUAAUUUCCCAAGGUCAAAGCUAGUGAAAUACAUAUGUAUAAUUGUAGAAAUUUGCAUGGAUAUGCAGACAGUGGACCAGUAAAAUGUAUAAUACAAAAAAUCUGUUGAAAAUAUUCAAAAAGGAAUGGGACUAAAUGUGAUUUUUCACUGCUUUUGCCAGCGGGUUAUUUUAUGGAGAAUAAGCAGCCGGUUCAAUCUGCAGGAUUUGUGUUCUCGAGGCUGUUGGUUCAGAUCCCAAGAGUAAAUGCACUGUAGGCACCCAGGGAUGGUCAGUCAAACUGGUCAGUCUCGUAGGCAGCACUGGUUCCACUUGCAUGUUGGACACAUCAUCCAGGACAAAAUGAAACUGGCUGAACAGGGAUAUAAAGUCGGCCCGGGCCUUGCGGUCCCCCAUGAUAAUCUGGGCUGUCCCCGCAAUGAACUUUCCUGAGGGAUCAAUUUUGCUGGCCCACAUGACCAUUGGCCCACUGGGAAAAUGCCCAGUAUGCCAGAUGGACAGUCCAGCCCUGGUGGACGCUAAGUACUUGUAGCUGUCUUUUGAGUAUGUCAUGUGUAUUAAACCUACUGAGUUAGUUACACAGAUGAGAAACACCCUUAUUAUGCUAUUCUUUUUCAAAAAAAUUUAAUAAAAUGCAAUGAGGAAUUUCUUCAGUAAUUAAAACAACAUACAUUUUUUACAGGAACACAUUGUUAGCAAAUUGUUGGCACUGUGUUAAAUGGGCUUUGGUGAAAACUACAGGAUCAUUCUGUUCUCCUAGUUAGGGUUAAGGUUAGGGUUAGUUAGGGUUAGGGUUAGGGUUAGUUAGGAUUAGUUAUCAUUUGACCUUAAUCAUCUGUGUGUAGCUAUCCAGUGUCUGCUGACUUAGGUAUCAAAAGCAUCUGAACAAAUUGUUGCCUUUAGUUCUUCAGAACAACUACAGCAUCACAGUGUAUAAAAUACGUUUUCAUCACCCUUGCUUCACAAAUGCAUGAUUAUGUAAUGAUGCAUAAUCAAUUACUCUGGUACUCACGUUUAAUUAUCAUGGACAAUUAAACGAUGUCUGGUCUAAUAAAUGCUGUGACUGUAUUUAUGAUUUUGCAAUUCUA